UGUUUCAACCGCGAUGAAUUUUUUUAUAGGCACUAUGUGAGUGAGCAUUUACCAGAUGCUCUUCUCGUGAUUGCGGAAGCGGAAGUGACGUGGAGGAAACGGGAACAUUUUACUGAACUGUAUGUGAUGCUCGAGAAAUGGGGUCCUCUUACCGUAGGAACAGCGUUUUGUAUUCUUAGUAAAAAGUGCAUGGAUCCAAUCAUUCGACGUUUUGCCGGUUGCACAGUUGAGAUGUGA